UCAACUUCCUUGGAUAUUGGGCUGAGUAACUGGAGCUUCCUAUACGUCACUGUCUCCCUCUACACGAUGACCAAAUCCUCUGCCAUUCUCUUCAUCCUGCUUUUUUCACUGCUGUUCAAGCUGGAGGAAGUGAGGGUGGCAUUGCUGCUGGUGGUUCUGCUCAUCGCUGGGGGGCUCUUCAUGUUCACCUACAAGUCCACACAGUUCAACGCACAGGGGUUUGUGCUGGUGCUGUGUGCCUCUUUCCUUGGGGGUAUUCGCUGGACUCUCACACAGAUGCUUAUGCAGAAGGCUGAACUGGGGCUCCAGAACCCCAUUGAUAUCAUGUUUCACCUGCAGCCGCUCAUGUUCCUGGGGCUCUUCCCACUCUUUGCAGUGUUUGAGGGCCUGCCUUUGUCCGUAUCAGAGAAGCUCUUCCGUUUCCAUGAAGCAGGCAUGCUGUUCUCUCUGGUAGGGAAGCUGUUCUUGGGUGGAAUUCUUGCCUUUGGUCUAGGCUUUUCUGAGUUCCUCUUGGUUUCCAGAACAUCUAGCCUCACCCUUUCCGUUGCUGGUAUUUUUAAGGAAAUCUGCAUUUUAUUCCUCGCCACACGUUUGCUGGGAGACCACCUCAGUCUCUUGAACUGGCUGGGCUUUGCUGUCUGUCUGUCAGGAAUCUCCCUUCAUGUCAUUCUCAAAGCCAUGAAUUCCAAAGGUGAAAAAGCACUGAAGCUACACAAAGAGGCCAGCUCUGACCCUCACCUGGAGCUGCUGCUGCACCACACUGAACAUGGCGAGGAGGAGGAGGAAGAGGAUGUUGAAACCCCACAACAGCACUGACUGAACAUGACGCACAAAGCCCCCUGCUCUGUUCUUACCAAACCUGCCUGACAGCUAUCUAGGAGGAAGGUCCAAGAGCCUCU